AUGGUGGAGACGAAUUUUGUUUCAUCGGCAUUUGAAGAGCUGAUAGAUACACACAUUAGAGACCACAAAGUUGCAGUUAGACAGAGAUCCAAGGCUAGCAUUCACAUAUCAGUUUUUGAUUUGGAGGAGAUCAUUGAUAAGUCAGGAGAUAUCAAAUUGAUUCCUGAUAUUUAUCAAGAUUAUAACAUUUCUGUUUUUGGGUCUACAGAUUUUGAUGGUGAUGACAAAAUGAAGAACCAUGCAGAAUUUCAUAUUUUCUCUACACUAGAGUUUGAUGUCUACAGCUUUGGCAUGGUGGUUCUUGAAGUUGUUUGUGGACGACGAUCAAGAGGUAUGAUGGAAGAAAACAGUCUUGUGGAUCACGUCUGGACUACACACGAAAAGAACGAAUUAUUUACAUGUGUGGAUCCAACUCUUGAAGGCAAAUUCGACGAAGAAGAAGUAAGGAGGAGUAUACUAGUUGGACUGGCAUGUAUGCAUCCAGACAGAAGGCAUAGGCCUAGAAUGAGGAAAGUGGUUCAAAUCUUCAUGAACCCUGAUGAGCCAUUGAUUAAAAUUGCAGUUUCUAGGCCAACUGCUGUAAGUUUGCCAUUGCAUUCUUCUCGUUCGGAUUCAAUUGCAAGUGAAUUUAGCUCUAACAAAGCCCCUGCUGAAGGAAAAGGUUCCAUGGACUCCUUUCCGGAUGAGAUGACAGUCGUAUUUGAUGAUCGAUGA